AUGAAAUUACCUCGGAAAAAAGAGGAGGCGAUUGCUAACAGGAAGCUCCUCAAGCCUCAGGUGGAAAGACGUCGAAGGGAGAGAAUGAACCAAAGCCUGGAGAGUCUAAAGAGCCUUUUGUUCAGAAGGAAUCAACCACAGGUAAAUGGGAGACAGAGGAGAGUGGAGAAAGCUGAGAUUCUGGAGCACACAGUGGUCUUUCUGCAAAGCAAUGCUCAAUUGCACAGGAAGAAAGCUGUACUAGGUGGAGGCCGACAGCACACCUUCCAGGACGGCUUCUCCGCCUGUCUACAGAGAGCAGCCCAGUUUCUGGGACCUGCAAGGGAAGAACAGCAUUUAGGGGUAGCACUGGAUGCCUCUUUUGCUGCUAAUUUUGCUGCUUCAUCAGCUGACCGAGAGGUUUUAGCCGGUAACGUCAAUAUUCUGCCUUACACCAAGUCCCAUGCAUCCGUUCAGCAGAAAAUAGUUCAAAGGUGGAAGCAGAGACCUCAUGGUCAUGCGUUUAGAAUGAACAUGUCUGCUUCUUCCCAACGGGCUCCUCUCCAUCCCGAGUAUCUUAGACCUGGACAACAAAUCCUAAGACCAAAUCACCAGCAGACCCGAAUGAGAUCAGAGAACCUGCAGAACCAAUCAGUCAGCCAAGCUUUGUGGAGACCUUGGCCCUGA